GAUAAGUUACGCCAAUGAAAUUUUAUUAUGAGUGGUGGCUUCUGAACAACAAAGCAACUCUGUAUUAAUUUUUCAACUGAAUUAUUCUUAUUUCAACUGGCAACAAAACAUUGAAGUUUACGCGCGCAAGUUUUGCCUGGAUGUAGUUGACUUUUUCUUUUGUUAUAGAAUUUUUUAGAAAUUUUUCUUUUUUAAAGAUUUUAGUGUGCUUUCCAAUUUCAUUCCUAUACACGUUUGAAAUUUAGCAUUAUUUUAGACUAAGAAACAUGGUUAGGGGACCAAGAUCAAGAAAUUCAAAUUCUUCGACAACGAGUUCGCCUGCUCGGUCAACUCGUCGUUCUGGUAGAAAUGCAGCUGGCUCAGAUGAUAGGUCAUCAGAAUUGAUGCCCUUACCACCGUCCUCACCUCCAGAAAAUAUGCAAGCAAUAGCUUCAUCUCCUCCAGAUCCGACAAGCAGGGCUGCUCGGUCAACUCGUCGUUCUAGUAGAAAUGCAGCUGGCUCAGGUGAUAGGUCAUCAGAAUUGAUGCCCUUACCACCGUCCUCACCUCCAGAAAAUAUGCAAGCAAUAGCUUCAUCUCCUCCAGAUCCGACAGGCAGAGCUGCAUUUAGUGAACUGGAUUUAAGUUCACCAUUAAACUAUGGUACGCCUAGCUCUCAUGGUACUGCUGGACCAUCUGUUGGGAGAAACACACCAAUCAGACAGCGCCAUGACAUUCGAAGUGAAAGAUUAAUGAGACAAGUUAAUGUUGGGGAUGAAAACAGUGAACCUGGAAUUGCAUCUGAACCAACUGCUGUCACUAGUGAUCACCAAGGAGGUCCUCAACUGGUCAUUUGGGGUACAGACGUAGUUGUAGAUCAGUGUAAAGCCAAGUUCAGGCAAUUUAUAGAAGAGUAUACUGACGUAACCUUGGAAAUGGAUGAAUUGAUGGACGAUGUCGACUUUGCACGUCCGUAUUAUCUCCAGAAACUGGAAGAGAUUUUCACACUUGAAGAACCUUUCCUAAAUGUUAAUUGUGCCCAUCUUAUAAAUUUUGAUCAAGAACUGUAUCGUCAGUUGGUUGCUUAUCCUCAAGAAGUCAUACCAACCUUUGAUAUGGCUGUAAAUGAGUUGUACUUUGAGCGUUACCCAAAUAGUAAACUGCCUCAUCAAAUACAAACUCGUCCCUUCAAUGCAGAAAAAACAAAGAAUUUAAGACUUUUAAGUCCUGAAGAUAUUGAUCAACUGAUUACAAUCUGUGGAAUGGUCAUUAGAUCAUCAAAUCUCAUUCCUGAAAUGCGCAAAGCAUUCUUCACUUGCAGUAUAUGUUCAGAAACAUCAGAUGUUGAGCUUGAUCGGGGACGUAUUGCUGAACCAACAGUUUGUACUUUCUGCAACACAAAUUAUUCUUUUAGUCUGAGUCAUAACCGUUCUGAGUUUACUGAUAAACAAAUGAUUAAACUGCAAGAAGCACCAGAUGAUAUGCCUCCUGGUCAGACUCCUCACACUGUAAUUUUAUAUGCCCACAACGAUCUUGUAGACUCUGUUCAACCUGGGGACAGAAUAACAGUAACUGGUAUAUACCGUGCUAUGUCAACCAGAGUAAAUCCUAAACAAAGGAAUAUAAAAGCUGUUUACAGGACGCAUGUUGAUGUUAUUCAUUUUCGCAAAGUGGACACCAAACGUUUGCAUGAAGAUAUUGAAGAUGGAGUUGAUAUUCGUUUCUCUCCGGAAAGAAUUGAAAAGCUCAAGGAAUUAUCUAGAUUACCCGACAUUUACGAGCGUCUUGCAAGAGCUCUAGCUCCAAGCAUUUAUGAGAAUGAAGAUAUUAAAAAAGGAAUUUUGUUGCAAUUGUUUGGUGGAACCAAGAAAGAUUACACUAACAAGGAUAAGGGCAAAUUCAGGUCUGAAAUAAAUAUACUACUCUGUGGAGAUCCUGGUACCAGCAAAUCACAAUUAUUGCAAUAUGUUUACAACCUUGUACCUAGAGGACAGUACACUUCCGGUAAAGGAUCCAGUGCUGUUGGUCUUACUGCUUAUGUCACGCGUGAUCCAGAAACAAGGCAACUUGUUCUGCAAACUGGUGCUUUAGUCUUGAGUGAUAAUGGAAUAUGCUGUAUUGAUGAAUUCGAUAAGAUGAGUGACAGUACGCGAUCUAUUUUACAUGAAGUUAUGGAACAACAAACUUUGUCUAUUGCCAAAGCUGGUAUUAUCUGUCAGUUAAAUGCAAGAACUUCAAUUUUAGCUGCAGCCAAUCCUGUUGAGUCUCAAUGGAAUAAAAACAAAACAAUCAUUGAAAACAUUCAGUUACCUCAUACUUUACUUUCAAGAUUUGAUUUAAUCUUCUUGAUUUUGGACCCACAAGAUGAAGUAUAUGACAGAAGACUUGCCCGCCAUUUAGUAUCUCUUUACUAUAAAAGCCCUCUUGAAGAUCAAGAAGAAUUUCUGGAUCUUAGUCUCCUGAAAGAUUACAUAGCCUAUGCUCGUACCAACAUUCAUCCAAAGCUAAGUGAAGAAGCAUCUCAAGCUUUGAUCCAAGCUUAUGUAGAAAUGCGCAAAAUUGGAGCUGGUCGUGGCCAAGUCUCGGCUUAUCCAAGACAACUAGAAUCCUUGAUCAGACUUUCAGAAGCCCAUGCCAAAGUCCGUUUCUCAAAUGUUGUUGAUUUAAUGGAUGUUGAAGAAGCUAAACGGUUGCACCGUGAAGCAUUGAAACAGUCUGCUACUGAUCCCUCCUCCGGUAAAAUCGACAUAUCUAUUCUCACUACUGGAAUGAGCAAUACUGCACGUAGACGUCGUAUUGAAAUUGGACAGAUAUUGAGAAAAAUGUUGACUGCUAAAGGAAAAACUACUAAAUCUUUCAACUAUGCUAAAGUGUUUGAUGAGUUAAAAGGCCAAUCUGAUCUGAUGAUCACCCGAGAUAUGUUUGAAGAAGUCUUGAAAGAUCUUCAAGAUGAUGAAUUUGUUGUGGUGACUGGCAGGACCACAAUUCGAUUAUGUUCAUAAUUUUCUUCACUAAUUCCUAAGACUGUCAGAAAAGCAUUUUAUGUUGAAAGUUUUAAAUAUUCAUUUACUAAAAUCAUGUCCAUUUUGUGGAAACUGAGUUAUGGUAUUUUAUAUAUUGCAAAACUCUUAUAAAUGUUUUGUACUGUAUUUUGAUACCUUGUAAUUUACUUCUUUAUUGUUCAAACAAAACAAAAAAAAAAUUAAAAAUAUUUUGUGUAUGUUCUUCUGUGAGUGUUAUUAAAAAGUUUAAAAAUAAUCUCA